AUGUUCUCCCACACCACCAACCAAAAGUUCCUUGUCCUGGCUCCCAUCCAACACGCUCCUCUCGCAACUACCAGCGAGCAGAGUGAGAUUGCCUUCUCCCCUGUGCGUGACCGCGCCGACAGCCAGUCUUCUACCGCCAGCCGACGCAGUGGCUUCCUCUACCUCGGCCACGACAUUCCCAACGCAUACUCUACCGUGCGUGAGCGCUCCGACAGUCAAUCCUCUAGUGCCAGCAGCAUCAGACCCAGCCGCACUGUCUCACGCCUACCUGGCGGUUUCCUGUUUCUCGGCCACGACAUUGUCCCCCACUCGCCCGUGCGCGAGCGCUCUGACAGCCAGUCCUCGAGCGGCAGCAACACCCGCCGACUCAGCCGAAAUGUCUCUCGUCUUCCUGGUGGCUUCCUCUACCUAGGCCAUGAUUAA